AUGGCAGCCAACAGAGAGAUGUGCAGUCCAUUGACAUCCUUCAAUAACUUGGACGCGGUUUCUUUCCAGGGCGUCCACCAGACAAUUAAUGCCAACAGCAUCAUCCUCAGUGAUGGGCCUCGAGCCGAAAAUAUACGCAUCGAUGAAGAAGUUCUAAGCUCCCUUGCAUUUCCAGAGAUGCACCAAAGAAAGGACAAUGUGGAGAAGCCUUAUAUGAAUACCUGCAAUUGGAUCCUCGAAUUGAAAGAAUUCAAAGACUGGAUGAACGGGUCAAACGGUCUCCUGUGGAUCAAAGGGAAGCCAGGGGCUGGGAAAUCGACUCUUAUGGCUUUCUUGUAUGGACAAUUUAUAAAGCCAGGUCCCGCUAAGCCAGGGAUUACGCUCGAGUUCUUCUUCAGCGCGCGAGGGACGGAGUUGCAACACACGCCUCUCGGUAUGCUGCGGUCGUUGCUUAAUCAGUUAUACCGUCGAGAUCCCGACAUCCGGCCCGCAGUGCGCAAAAUAUACCAGGAUAAAUGCGAUGCGUUUGGUCGUUCAAAGAAAAGCUGGGAGUGGCAGCAACCGGAGCUAGAGCGCAUUCUUCACGAACUCAUCGUCACUUCUGCUCGAAAACAAUCUCUGACAGUCUUUGUGGAUGCCCUAGAUGAAGCAGGGCAAAAAUCUGCCCAACGUCUUGUAAGGUAUUUCCAUCAAGUCAAUGAGUCUAUUGCACGGGUGUCAGCGCUCGGGAAGCUAUGCAUCUCGUGCCGGCAUUAUCCUGUCAUUGCCCGUAUUUCUGGAACUGAGAUUUCUGUGGAUGAAUAUAACCACGAUGAUAUUACGGCAUAUAUACGUGAUUUUCUCAGUUUGGACUGCCUUUUCGCCCCAGAGACAGCUGAUCAUCAGUCCUGGGACUCUGUGAUAACCUAUCUGCUCCGCUCUGCGAAAGGGGUUUUUCAGUGGAUUUGCCUUGUUGUACCUCUUGUUGAAAGAAAAAUCCAAGAUGGUGAAUCGCCUGAAAAUGUGCGACGAUUUUUGCGGAGAGUCCCCGGCGAGCUUCGGGAUAUCUACGAAUACAUACUGCGAAACGUUAUUGAAGUCGAUUAUCGCAGCCACUCGUAUCUUCUCUUCCAAUGGGUAUGUCUUGCAGAAAGACCACUAUCGGCGACAGAAUUGCGAUAUGCGAUCUCUGCGAUGCAUAUAACCACGAGACCACACGACGUUCGAUACGAAAAUACUCCCAACUUCGUUAGCAAUGACGACCAGCUGAAGCGACAAAUAAGGGCAUGGUCCGGUGGUCUGGUCGAGGUAGUAGAAGAGAAGGUACAGGUUGUUCAUCAAUCCGUUAAGGAUUACAUUCUUCCUGAGGGACUGAUUCUUCUUGCUGGUCUUGAUCACUUGGCCCAAGAGUCUUCCUCCACAAUCGAGUCGGAAAGCAACCAGAUACACCACUGUCAGAGCAAUAUUUACUACUCAUGUUUGCAUUAUCUUUUAACGGAGGACAUUGACCGUGCAACAUGGGAUAUCAUUAAAGGACGGGAUCUCAUCAAACAACGGAGGAUCCAAGGCAAUUUUCCUCUUCUGGGCUACGUCACGGCUCAUAUCUUCUCGCAUGCAACGAUGGCAGGGAAAUAUCGCACCAAAGACCUUGAAGAAGAGAUAUACCUAGUGCAACAGGUGAUGGCGAAGUGGAUUGCAUGCUAUAAAUUUUUUUAUCCAUUCUCCGUUCAUUGCCCGGACUCCUCUGUGACACUGUUACAUCAAGCUUCUGGGAGCAACUUGACAGAAAUUGUAUGUCAUUUGUUAUCCCAAGGAGAAUCGGUUGAUCAAACGGAUAGUGAGGGCAACACUGCGCUGCAUUAUGCAGCAAAAUCUGGAAGUACAGAUAUUGUCAAAAUGCUGGUCCACCGAGGAGCCGAUAUGCAAAUCAAGAAUAAGAGCCAAAUUGCUCCACUUAUAUAUGCUGCGGGUGGUGGUCACAAAGCUGUUGUGAAAUUCUUCCUCUAUAAGGGAUUGGAUGUGAAUGAAGCAGCUGGUGUCUCUGGAAAUGCGUUACAACAAGCAUCUGGGUAUGGGUUGAAGGAGAUGGUGAAGAUUUUGCUGGAUGCCGGUGCAAACAUCGAUGCUGUAGGAGGGAGGUAUGGCACUGCACUUCAGGCGGCUUCAUUUGGAAGGUAUACAGAGAUUGUCCAGCAGCUGCUCGAUGCCGGUGCAGAUGUCAAUAUGGUGGGAGGUGAAUUUGGCACUGCACUCCAGGCAGCAUCGAUUAGUGAGUCUACAGAGGUUGUGCAGCAGCUGUUGGAUGCAGGUGCAGAUGUCAAUAGGGUGGGAGGUCGAUAUGGCACUGCACUCCAAGCGGCUUCGCGUCAAGGGUCUACGUCGGUGGUGCAGCGGCUGCUAGAUGCCGGUGCGGAUGUCAACAUGGUGGGAGGUGAAUUAGGCACUGCACUCCAGGCAGCUUCGUUUAGUGAGUCUACAGAGGUUGUGCAGCAGCUGUUGGAUGCAGGUGCAGAUGUCAAUAUGGUGGGAGGUCGAUAUGGCACUGCACUCCAAGCGGCUUUCUUUGACGGGACUUCAAAGGUGGUGCAGCAGCUGUUGGAUGCCGGUGCAGACGUCAACGUUAUGGAGCAGGCUGUGUCUGGUGGUUAUAAGUUGCUAGUAUAA